AUGGGUGAAUCUUUUUUUCAGGUUUCAAAACAACUAAAAAAAAAGAAUUUAAAUGAAGAAGAUGAGGAAAAAGACAAAACGGAAGAUUAUUUAAAAGCUUUUGAUGAUAUAGAAAACAUAAAAUUAAAUUUAUUGGAAUCAUCUGGGAUUGAAUGCAUUUUAGAAGAUGCUUCUAUACAAUUAUUUAUAAUUGAUGUAGGAACAUGUUCAUCAAAUUCAAUUCAUUCUAAAAAUGUUAAUAUAAGCAUUAGAGAUAUAAUUGAUGAACUUAAAGAAGAAAUUACACAAAAAGGAACAUUUGCUACAUUGUGUAAAAAAGUCAAAGAAGAAAUAAUUAAAGAAAACAAUGAAAAAAAUCUAUUAAAAAAUUUAAAAAAGAAUCAACUCAAAAUGGAAAGGUUAAAAUUAAUGAUAUCGGAAUGCAAAUCAUCAAAAGAAGAAGAAUAUUAUAAAAAUAAAGAAAUAAUUGCAAAUUUAAAGGACAAAAUCCAUGAGGAAAUUGUUAAAGCGAAUGCAAAAUUAAGAUUUGUUGAUAAAUGGGAAACUGCUAAAAGAAAUCAAAAUCGAUUUAAAUGUCAAUUAGUCGAAAAUGAAUUAGAAAAAAAGUUGGAUGGUAUUUUACAAGAAUGUGAAAAUGAAAUUCGAGUUCAUAAUGAAAUUUGUAAUUUUUUGAAUCUUGAUGAAAAGAAGUUACUAAAUGAAAUUAUCGAGUGGCAAGAAAGGUAUAAAAAAGAAAUGGAAAGUAGAAGUGAAAAAAUAAAAUUAUUACAGCUUAAAAGAAAUGAACAGCAAAUCCUACUUCGCAAUUUAACACAAUUGGUAAAUAUAAGAAUAUAG